AUGACUGCUUUCAAUCCCCUUACUGUUAUUCUUACUCAAAACAAACUUGAGGGUCCAAAUUAUGUUGAUCGGAAACGAAACUUGGAUAUAGUCCUAAUUGCUGAAGAGUAUAAAUUUGUGCUCGAUGAGGUAUGUCCAGAAAAAACUGGAGAUGAUGCUACCGAUGAUGAACAUAAAGCUUACCAAAAAUGGAUUAAGGCUAAUGAGAUGGUGCGGUGUUACAUUCUGGCAUCUAUGUCAAAUGUUCUGCAACAUCAGCAUCAGUCUAUAGAGUCUUCUUAUGGAAUUCUAGAAAAUCUCAAAGAGAUGUUAAGAAUCGUGCGACUAAGUUCAUCUGUUAGGGACCAUGUUCUGAAGAUGAUGAGUCUUCUAAAUGAAGCGGAGGUCCUUGGAGCUAACAUUGAUAAGGAUACGCAGGUAGAUUCUCUUUCUAAGCCGAGAGGCGGGCAGAAGAAGAAAAUGACUCAAAAGACCUCUGUUGGUGGCGCAACUGCUGGUGUGAAAAAGGCUAAGGGCAAGUGA